GUUGUGAACCAGCCCGCGCCAGACCAGGCUCGACUAUCUGGCGCGGUCCCGCUGAUCCAGGAGCCGCCGGAUCACGUGACAGCUCACAUGAUCCUGCCGCGCGCUCCACCGAGGGUUCCAAGGUGACGCAGCUGCAUUCGUUCCGAGGCAACAAUCAGUAGCUGAAGAAGAUGGAUAUCAGAGGUGCUGUGGAUGCUGCAGUUCCUACAAAUAUAAUUGCUGCAAAAGCUGCUGAAGUUCGGGCAAAUAAAGUCAACUGGCAAUCUUAUCUACAGGGGCAGAUGAUUUCCAAUGAAGAUUGUGAGUUCAUUAAAAAGUUUGAAGCUGCUCGUUCAGAAGAUAAACAGCGGAUACUGGAUAAUGAGGGCCAUCAGUGUGCCAAAACCUUUUUAAAUUUAAUGACACAUAUUUCCAAGGAGCAAACUGUGCAGUACAUCUUGACACUGAUUGAUGACAUGUUGCAGGAAAACCACCAACGAGUCAACAUUUUUUUUGAUUAUGCCAAAAAAACUAAGAACACUGCUUGGUCAUACUUCUUACCAAUGUUGAAUCGACAGGAUCUAUUUACUGUUCAUAUGGCAGCAAGAAUUAUAGCAAAGCUGGCUGCUUGGGGCCGUGAAUUGAUGGAAGGAAGUGAUCUGAACUAUUAUUUCAAUUGGAUUAAAACUCAGUUGAGUUCCCAGAAGUUGCGUGCUGUAGGGUCUGAACCAGGAACUGUUUCUGCCAGUGAGAGUUCCCAAUAUGUGCAGUGUGUGGCAGGUUGUCUACAGCUGAUGCUAAGAGUUAACGAAUACCGUUUUGCUUGGGUAGAGGCUGAUGGGGUGAACUGCAUUAUAGCUGUUAUAAACAAUAAAUGUGGCUUCCAGUUACAGUAUCAGAUGAUAUUCUCCUUCUGGUUAUUGGCCUUUAGUCCACAAUUAUGUGAACAUCUACGCAGACUGAACAUUGUCCCAGCUUUGUCCGAUAUUCUUCAAGAGUCUGUGAAAGAGAAAGUAACCAGGAUCAUCCUGGCAACAUUUAGGAAUCUUCUGGAGAAAUCUGCAGAAAGGGAAACUCAUCAGGAAUAUGCACUUGCAAUGAUUCAGUGCAAAGUUCUUAAACAGCUGGAAAACCUUGAACAGCAGAAAUAUGAUGAUGAAGACAUUGCUGAUGACAUCAAAUUUCUUUUGGAAAAGCUUGGAGAAAGUGUCCAAGAUCUUAGUUCCUUUGAUGAAUACAGCUCUGAACUGAAGUCAGGACGUCUGGAAUGGAGCCCUGUUCACAAAUCAGAAAAAUUCUGGCGCGAAAACGCUGCAAGAUUGAAUGAAAAAAAUUAUGAAUUGCUGAAGAUUUUAACAAGGCUUUUGGAAGUCUCUGAUGACCCUCAAGUCUUGGCUGUCGCUGCACAUGAUGUGGGUGAAUAUGUGCGUCAUUAUCCUCGAGGAAAACGUGUAAUUGAACAGCUUGGAGGCAAACAACUUGUAAUGAACCAUAUGCAUCAUGAAGAUCAGCAAGUUCGGUACAAUGCACUUUUGGCAGUACAGAAACUGAUGGUCCACAACUGGGAGUAUCUUGGAAAACAACUUCAGUCAGAACAACCCCCAACUGUCACCACAAGAAGCUGAAUGUUAGCAUGGCUUUGCAGUGUGCUGAAAGUGUGCUUUCUUUGGUAGUUUAGGCUAUAAGAAAUUGUUUCUCUGGAUAUGUUGAACUAAGCAUAUAAUAUAUUAAUGGAUAAUGCUGUUUUCAUACAUCAACAUGCUACAUUUAUUAGAAGUGUAAUUUAUUUAGAAAAAAGUAUGUAGAUCCUGAUUAAAUAAAACAUGUUACUGUAUUUGGCAGGAAUGUAAGUGAUUUGAGGAACCUGAAGAUUUGUUGCUUGAGUUAGUUCAUUGUUAUGAUUUUGCAACGUUUCAGUAAAAAGUAACUGCACCAUAUAAGCAGAUUAUCAGCCGUAUAUCAAAGGUCAGUGCUGUCUGUAUCUUUAUGAUUAUCAUAAAUUCCAAUAUAAUAAAUUAUUCAUCGUU